AUGAAUAUGGACACCAUUCGCAUUCCAGCCACAGUAACGAAAGAUGAUUUUGAAUUUGGACAAAUCUUGGGAGAAGGAGCCUUCGGCCAAGUUCGGUUGUGUGUUCAUAAGGCAACUGAAGUUCAGUUUGCAGCAAAAAUCCUCAAGAAGGAGAAGCUAAUCAAGGCAAAACAAACAAAAUAUGUAAAGUCUGAGAAGGAAAUCUUGUUGGAGAUGGAUCAUCCGAACAUUUCCAAGUUGUGCUACACAUUCACCGAUGAGAAGAGGCUGUAUUUUAUAUUGGAACUGAUCACAGGAGGGGAAUUGUUCGAAUGUAUCAUUAAGAGCAAUCUAUCAUCGAAAGAGCUCAAAAAAGUGGUGCAAUUCUAUAUGGCACAACUGUUAGAAGCUCUCAUCUAUAUCCAUUCUUUGAACAUUUGUCAUCGUGAUUUGAAACCAGAGAAUCUCAUGCUCAAUGGUGAUGGAAACUUGAAAUUGGUUGAUUUUGGUAUUGCAAAGAAAAUUGAAAAGCCUGGGCCCAAUACGUUUUGUGGAACUGCAGAAUACUUGGCUCCAGAAGUGGUCACAAAUAACGAGUAUGGCAUCAUGGUGGACUGGUGGGCCUAUGGUUGUAUCAUUUACGAAUUGUUUUGUGGUAAAAGCCCUUUUUAUAGCUCAAGCAUGGCCGUGACCUGUCAAAAGAUUGUAGAUCGUGACAUUUUCUGGCCUAAAACUCUUCCUUCAGAUGCCAAGGACCUUAUUGAUGGUCUUCUCUGCACAGAUCCGGAGAGAAGACUUGGAGGACUUGCUUUACGGAAGCAUCCUUUUUUCAAAGGUAUCGAUUGGAAAAAUUUCAGUAAAACGAAACCACCAAUGGUACCUGAUCUCAUGUUUGACAAUGAAGACAGAGGUGUAGGCAUAAAAAUGUCCAUGUUCGAGCCAAGAAAUGAUCAAGAAGACGUCAUGAUCCAAGCUCAUGUGUUUAAGGCUAGAACAAAAACUGCCUCAGUUCAAGAUAUCCUCAAGAGGAGUAAGCUACUACGUAAAUUGUAUCCUCAGUUGAAUCAAUUAUCUGAAAGACCUCGACCAAUCAAUUCUCGUAUCAUUCAAAAUUCAGAAAAUAUUCCCAAAACAAAUGAUAAGGUUGAGGAAGAGCAAGUCAAUGAUGAACAACGAAAGGCAAACCAUAAUAAUACUCCUUCGAAUUUAUCUGAUGCACCAAAAACAAAUGAUGGUAUAGGAGCAAGCUCUGAAGAUCAGUCCUCUGGGACACAUUCUAGCAAAAAGCAGGUGGUCAUGAUUCAGUCAGCAUUAUCCAUGAAAACUCCAGUAAUGAAAAUUAGUUUUGGCCAAGGAGAUAAAGUUGCAACAAGCAGCAGUUUCCAAGCUAAAACUUUCGCUAUAACAAUUGACCAUGAAUCCAAUAUAAUAUUCAAUGAGCAAAAGAGUGUGACUACUGUAUCCACUUGCAACUUUUUGGAAUACUCGCCAAAUGGUGAAAUGUUAGCUUUCGACAUGCAAAGGCACAUUGGAUUGAUGGAAACUAAAAAUCCAAAGAAGAAACCAAAGCAUCUCGUCGGACAUCCUUUACCAAUUACAAAAGUGUCAUGGCAUCCAAAGAGUACACUACUAGCAGCAGGUGGUUUAGAUAGUUUGGUCUAUCUGUGGAAUGUCGAGAGUGGUAAGCCAAAACUCCAAACACAAAUAGAGUCCCACAAGGCCUACAUUUCAGAUUUGCAAUUUCAUCCAAAAGAAAGUCUUCUUGCAAGCGCAAGUGGAGACUGCAAGGUUAUUUUCUAUGAUGCUCAGAGUGAGAGAGUUGUUCACAAGUUUAGUAACCACGAAGAUGCAAUAUUGGGCGUAAGAUGGAACGAAACUCAUGAUAACAUUUUCUGCACUUGGUCUAUGGAUCGAAGACUCGUCAUAUCAGAUCGAAGAACAUUCAAACCAGUGAAAAUACUUGCCCACAGCAGACCAAUUAUCAAUGCCGAGUGGUCCAAAGAUGGUGUCAUGUUGGCAACGUGUACCAGAGAUUCCAUACGGAUUUGGCAAUAUCCAAAUAUUACGUCAAGUUUUUGUUACACCAAUGCUGACAAUCUGCCGGGUGAAUUAUUGUCUUUUGAUUUCAGCAACAAAUAUCUUGCUGUUCUCAAAUGUCGUGAUGACACAUUCCCUUCCGUUGUUGAUACGGAAACAGGUUCUUUCAUCGACGUUAUUUCACAGCCCAACAACUCACACAAACAGCCCGUAACUAGUCUUCAGUGGAGCAAUCAUCGUCCCUUCUUGGCGACUGGGUCUUUUGACAAGACAGUGAAUUUAUGGGGAGUGGAGUGA